AUGGCUUCUCUAGCUCUACCUACUACCAUUCGCCUCCCGCAUCCUUAUCUCACCACAUAUGCUGUGCACGAGGUGAGCAGCCCUCAGACUCUUACUUCUAGCAGUGCGAAAUGGCUUCACAUCCGACAUGAACCUAGGGUGCUGUCUACUGGCAUGUCCACACGAUAUGACGGUCAGGCUCCGCCAGAAGUGUUACACAGCAAUGCCGUUUUCUCCGAACCACGAAACGAUAAAAAGGAGAACGAACUUCCUCCCUUCUCCAAUAAUACAGCCUGGGCCCGUGUGCGCCGAAGCCCUGAGAGCAAAAUUGUCUGGAAUGAGCCAUCGGCUCCGAAAAUAGCACAGACAUGGCUGAUAAUCUACAGUCUCUUCACACUUCGUCCAGAGCUGGAGGCCUUUCGACUCAGCCUGGUUGGAUCCGGCCGGGAGACAGCAGCGGACGAAUUGAAGAAAGUCGGGUUGGCUGUGCAGCAUCCCGUUCCAGAAGGCAAGUCCGCGACGGCACCAGAAGCAUUCCCGGAGGUGCUGAUCGUGCUGCGUGGGAACUUCUGGCAGGGUGCAGGUUCUCCCUUUGGAGUGCGUCCAGUGUGGGCUCCCGAAUCCAAUGUCCUGGCCUCCUCCAGUAGGGAACUGUCUUCCUACCCACAAUAUCCGCUGAACUAUACGACGAGCACCAAGUUCCCGGAAGCACGGAUUCAUUCCUUCCACCCUCGCCGUCCAGCAAAGCCUGUCCCAGGGUCCAUCUGCUAUAGUCGCUACAUCCCGCACCUGGACGAACAUUUCAGUAUGGUAGCACUAGACUAUACCAGCGAGGAACACCUACGUCUCUUCCACCAGUGGCAAAAUGACCCACGGGUGGCGGCGGGAUGGAACGAAACCGGUACUCUCGAUCAACACAGGGCGUACCUCCGCAACCUCCACGAAGACCCGCACACCUUCAGCAUCCUGGCCAAAUUCGAUGAUACAUAUUUUGCCUACUUCGAAGUCUUUUGGGCCAAAGAAGACCAUAUGGGAGUGUACGGUGACGCCAGCGAUUUCGACCGCGGCCGGCACUCGCUCGUCGGCGACUCAUCUUUCCGCGGCCCGCAUCGUGUGAGCGCUUGGUGGUCGAGCUUGAUGCACUACAUUUUCCUCGACGACCCACGCACCAUGUACACUGUUGGCGAGCCCAAAUACACCAACACGACGGUGCUGUCGUACGAUUUGAUGUGCGGCUUCGGGGUGAGCAAACUGGUCGAUUUACCCCAUAAGCGCUCUGCAUUUGUGCGGUGUUCCCGCGAGAGGUUUUUUCAGAUUUGCCCUCUGGCGUAUGAUGGACAGAGACAUGUGGGUGGGACAGAGAUCCCUUUGUUUGCUAAAAUGUAG